GUUGUAGACAGAAUGUCAUGCGCAUGAACCAGGUCCCUAGUUUAGAAUUAUUUCCCUUUGUAGUUACUAUAAAUAGCUUAUAUUGUUACUUUUUUAUUACUGGUCGUACGGAAAAAACAAGACCACUUUUCUGCAGUACAACAUGCAUGUUACAUCCAAUUUUGAGAAGUAUUUUAACCUAUCUCUACCUGGUAAAGAUUUUUAUGUGGACUUAGGAAUUUUUUUUAUUUUUUAUCUUUUUGUUACUGUGUGUAUAAAUAGGGCCAAGGGUCCUUUCUCACUUUGUGAGCGGUACCUUGCCUCUGACCUUUCUCAUGUUGCGGCGGCAUCCGUGUCUGUGACACAUUUCUCGUCUACGAAAGCAUCUUCUAGUUUCUUGGUAUAUUUAAUUGUAUAUAUUUAAUUCAAUCAAUUUCCCUCUUUUAGUCCUAUAGAGAAUAUGCUGAAGCACUUGCAACCACUCUUUGAGGCGGACUACUUCCUGCCACGGUCGUUCAUAGCUGCUGUUGAUCUGGGAGAUUUGCAGAAAGUUAUAGAAACAAAGACAAUACCUGUUGAAGCUUGCCUUGCACACUUGACUUUCCGCCUGAAAACAAUCAAACCUCUUUCUUACGUUGAUUAUCGAGAUAAUUGCAGUAAGCUGUAUGCAAUGACGAUGGAUGAGAAGACUGUUCAACAGUGUGUGAAUUCAUUACUAAAACAACUGCAAGAGACUUUUUACAGUGAAACAUUAGUGGAGUCACAGUGGACAGUGAGCUACAUAAUUGCAUCCCACAUGCUGAGGAAAAGCAUCCAAAACAAAAGAGUAGAUACAGUUUACCUGUGUGCGCAAGUGCUCAUUCAUUGCAUUGCGAUGUAUGACAGGAUGAUUUCAGAACAGAAACCUCCCCAGGAUGCUAAAGCAACAAAACAUCAAGAUGUUUUACAGGACAGUGCCAGAGAGGCAGUGAGAUGGGUAGAAACAUACAGAAGAUGGGAUUUACAGAUGAAAGAAAUUUUAGACGUUUGGAACAACAUCUUUGCCCCAGUGGAACUUCAAUCAGAAGAUGUUAGGAAUGCCUGGAACAAGAUCAUAUCAGAAGGACUUGUGUUCAAUCUGGAACAAAGGGUGUGUAAGGAAGUAUUCCAAAUGCAAAAGUUUGUGGAAUUAUAUUGCCAGAAGCUAGACGAGUACAAUCCAAGCAUGCAGGAGUGCAUGAGUAAAGUUGCUUUUGUGGCCAUUGCAAAGGGAUAUACAGUUGACUAUGGCCAGUUCUUGCCAUAUCAAAAUAAACGCUUUGGAAGUCUGCUGUCUGAGUUAUUUAUAUCUGAAUGGAAAAAAAAUGUGAAGACUGGAAAGGAUGAAGAUAUUACCAUGUUGAGACAUGUCCUUAGAUGGCCACCAUUUUCACAAUACCUGAAAAUUUAUUAUAAGGACCAGAAAAAGAUGGAAAUGCUCACAGAGGAAUGUUUACAGCACCUUAUUCAAGCUGUAUCUGUUAUUGACAGCAGAACUACAGCUUUAUUGACUGGUUCUAUGACUAUUGGAGACUUCAACCAGAUAACUGAAAAAGAUGGAAAAUUUCCAGAACUUGCUGAACUUCUACAGAUCAAGAAAGAACAUACUGCAGCAUUCAUUACAAAAGCCAUCGGAAUCAGACAAAAGGAACUUGGAACUUUCCAGGUGCAGGCCAAAGAAAUGGCAACACUUGCAUCUGUCUGUACACAGUUAGCUAAUGUUGACAGAAAGUGCAUUGAUGACACACUAAAGAAACAGGAACAUAUAGAAAAACACCAGAUAAAAGAAUUCUGUGAGCCUGCUGAUGUAACUAAAGUAGACAUUAUUGAAACAUACAAGCCCAGGCUGUGCGCAUUUAGAGUUUCCCCAACAGUAAUGAGUAUUGUACCACAUCUACAUGCCUGCUGUGAAAGCAGUACAUUCAUGAUGUCCUGGAAUGCUCAAUGUCAAGAAGUAUAUAACCAGUGUGCUACACUAGACGAUGUAGUGCAGAAAGUUUGGAGUGUUGUAAAAAACAGAUGGGACACUAUAAAAAACAGAAUACAGAGUGGUGAUAUAAAAUUCAAAGACUUUGAGAAAGUUGUUGGCCAGAGGUACAGGGAUGGAUAUGACCAGAUGAAAGUAGAGUUAAGGAUGAUGAAUAUUCCUGAGAGAUGCAUCAGGGAACGAAUAGAUCAGCUGAUGAAAUACAGACAGUUGGAAGCUUGUGUAAAAGGAGCAAAGACAAUACUAAAGUUUGCUCAGGAGUACAAACUGAAGGGAGAUUUUACUCAAAUAAGAGUAAUUGCAACACAUGGAGAAAAUGAUCAAGACAUGAAAGCGUUUGAUAACAGCGUAAUGAAAGCCUGUGAAUUUCUGAAAGACCUAACACCAGACAAGGAAAAGUGCUUGAAAAUGUUUGUUCACUGUGAACCACUUGUCCAUUGGCUGAAAGAGUCAAUGAAAAAAUCUGGAUUGAAAGAACUGAAAGUGUUUGUGGACUUGGCCUUUAUGUCAGCUGGUGAUGAGCCAAUCAACAUUGCCCGUGUUCAGUGUCUACACUCGGCUGUAACAGGAUAUGCACCUCUCAUAUUUGAUCUUGAUGAGAGCUGCGGUUACAAGCAGUUAUUGAACCUGUGUGCUGUUGUAUGGAAAGAACUUGAAGCAAACCCUAAACUGCCAGAAAAAUUGAGAGACACAACCCGCCAACUACAGUGGCUCAAAGAGAUCAAGAAAGCCCAUGGUUCAGUAGAGGUUACCUCCCUUAUGCAAGCAGAAGCCAUCAAUGCCAAUGGAAUAUUUACAGUUGGUAAAAAUGCAUGGAAGAAGGAUGCACAGACUCAGAGUAUAGAUGGAACAUUGAUGGAACUAAAGGACACCUUGAAGCUGACCGUACCAGAGCAAGAGGGUAAAAGAGAGUUGAGGAACUACACAUUCUCUCAGUGCCAGGACCUGCAGAGUAGACUCAUGUUGGUGGCAGGGAAGGCAGAGAAAGGGACUGACAGUGUGGACAGAUUUACUAUGAUAUUUGACAGUAUAACUAGGCUAAGCAGUGUUUAUAUGAAGCUGUGUUCAUCUGGCUGUGUCCUCUUCAAAGACUGGACUGCAAGAUUUUUGUGUGACCCUAAACCAAAUCGGCCGGUUUGUGCUGUUUUAGAAUUUGGGCAAGGUGAUGGAGCUCCUCAGCUGAAGGGAAGAAGGUCAGAGAAAGAAGAUCUACAAGACAUAAUUCCUGAACUUGCAAACUUCAUGGAGACCUGUUUGGAGGAGUGGUUGAAGUACAUAAAAGAGAAACGCAAGAGAUAUCUUCACCUGAACUAUUUCACUGUAGACCAGUUAGUCAUUCUUCAGAGAGAGCUGGUGAAAAUGGGUCUUGACUCAGAACCUUCCCAUCUUGUCUACCCAUUACUUUCUGCUGUAAAAGACAGAUGUACUCCAGAUGACCUACUAGAAGCUAUGGCUGCUGCUAAAGAGGAGAUAGAAGGAGAUGCAGAUAUGGAGGCUGAAGAAGAUGUUGACAGUAACAAUGAAGAAGCUGAAACAGUUGAAGAUUCAACUGAAGAUGAGAAAAAACAGAGCUUUGUACAUGAGUUGGUCCAGGCUGGCUAUGAAGAAGCCCUAGCUGUCAGAGCAUUGGAAUUUGUGGACCCAGAGGAUGUGACUGCUGGUAUAGUCUGGUGCAUGGAUCAUGAAAACAUUGAAAUGUCUGAUGACCAUGACCAACCAUUGCCAGAAACAUUUGAGCCAAUGAGAGAGCAGCUUACACAGCGUCCUACCUUCAGUGGCUGGAGCCAAUCACAGACUGACAUACAAACCAUGAUCACAGCUAACAUAACUGGAUUAGGAAAACGAAACACUGUUGGAUCAGACCCUUUGAUCAGUGAUCUCAAAGCAUUAUGGAACAAGUUUUUAGAGUCAAUAUCCUCCAACAUACGAGACUAUCUUAGUCUAGAACAUCUUGGUCUCAUCUUGAAAUAUCUCGCCAUAAAAGAUACUAGUGAGAUGUCCAGAUCAUUACCACCUGGGUUUAAGGAAGGACAGCCAAACCUGAUAAUUUGUCCUUCAGGAGAUGUUUUAUUGACCACACUGUCUGUAUAUAUGAUGGACAAAGACCAGCCAUUGCCACAGUCAGAUGAAAUACUGAUGUGCACAAGCCAAACUACAAAAGAUGAAGUGGAUAUAUUCUGGAGGAGAGCAAUAUUUGAUGGAGCAAGAAAGAUUCACUGUCUGGUGAAUGCCGACAUGUUGGACUACGAUGUUAGUGAAGCGGUGGAGAGAUGCCUGGAAGAAUAUCUACUUGAGGUGUAUCAUGAUAAAGACCUGAAGUACCGUCUUCUUGUUAUCUGUGGUUCUGACAAUGAGUACAAAUCUACAAUUGCAUCUGCACUUGACAAGUACAAGAGGCAGCCACUGCCAACAAAUGUAUCACACCUGCGGGAAUACCUUUCCACCAAACUGACUCUUCAACAGCAGCCAGUAACGGGAGUGAGACCGGCUGCUUAUGUUGACCAUCAAAGAUCUUCUGUACGUGUUGUCAAAUCUUGGAGAGCAGGAGUAGGGAAAACUUUGUAUAAACAGAGAAGAGAGGAUAGAGUAUCAGGUCUGAAUAGGGGAAAUGUUAAAUCAGAGACUGUGUCAAUCCCUCUGCAGGAGAAAACAAUAGAUCUGCAUUAUGUUAUAAAGAGACUGUUAGAACAUACAACACAUCCAGGGGAAGAUGCAGCCAGAUUGUUCCAUAUAGACGUGUCCCAUGAGGUGGAAAAUGGAGUGGACUACCUACUGUUUAACCUUUUAACUCUUGGAUGUUUGAUGGACAAAACAGGAUUUGUAUGGAGAAAGUCGCCAACUGACAUUUAUCUGAUAGAAACCAUGCCUUUGAUGAUGCAAACGACAAAUAGACGG